CGAGAUGAAGGAAAAGCCACAUGCGCGAGCAAACCCUGCCUGCUGCUGCUUGUGUGCUGAGAUCUACUCACUUCGCCAACUUCACUUCUUGCUUCUUCCUCAUCAGCCCUGGCCAACAACUCGAUCGACCCCUCACUCAGACGCUCAACCAAGGCAGGUAUAUCUGCGGUUCAGAUUGGCAAAUCUCCGUUGCGCCACACGAGCCGACCACUCCCAUUGCUUGCGAUCGGUCCUUCUCACCGCAACCGCAUUGCACUGCUCGGCCUAGCGGUGCUCCUUAGACGAAGAGACACGACGGCCAAAGACUUGAAGAAGCCAAAGGCUCUGGAGACACAUCUCCCGUCA